AUGUGCAGGCAGCAGCCGGCCGUCGGAGUUCAUCAAGGUUCGGUGCUCCCUCCCUUGCUCUUCAUCACAGUGAUGGACGCAGUAAUGGAAGGCCUCAAAAGACAACUGCCAUGGGUUCUCCUUUAUGCAGAUAAUGUGGUCUUGAUGGUAGAACGAGAGUUUGUUGAAAGCGAUGUGACAUUCGAUGGUGGGCAUUCCACACCACCGCUUUCUGAAGGAUCAUCCUUGAGUACAGUCAGACCAACAAAGCAUAAGCGAAAGUGGUGGUGUGUACGAGGAGAGGAUGAGCAUGAAGAGGAACGAGGAGCACGUGUGACAUUCAAUCAAAGUAUGAAUCAGGUUCACGAAACGACACCUGACGAAAAAGUCGAGUUGCAUGACAUUUGUGUAUCACGGCUAUGA